AUGACGACCUCCGACGAGCAGGCCGAUCCAUUACUCCCUGCAACAACGCAACAAGAAAUAACAACUGCGGUGGAGAACAACAGCCAUCCGAUGGCCCACGAUCUUUGUCCAAUGGACCAACAUGAUGAACGACAUGAUCAUACACCAACAACGGACGACGACAAUGAUCGUUGUUCAUCAGUAGCUACCGUUGGAAGUGCCAGCACAAAUCACGAUGAUAAUGAUGAUGAAAAAUGGUCGGAUACAAAUGAGAAAGAUGAGACUAUUGAAAAGGAAGUACAACCUUCGAAUGUACCACAACAACAGCAAUCGGAGGAUAUUUUGAACGGGAGUAACAAAACAACAAAUGAUCAUUCUCAACUCUCAACGACAACUGCGGAGGCUGCCAAUGGCGAUAACAUAAAUAUUGUAGAAAUGAUUUCUUCUUUGAAACCUGAUCCCGAAGAUUUAAUUCGGAUGGAAUUUGGGUUUGAUACAAAAUAUAGAAGAAUUAGUGAUCUAUAUAAAGAAUUAAUGGCAAAAUAUUCUGAUCAUUCCCAACAAAUAAUAGAGAUACUUGAUGGGGAAAUUUCCAUGUUGAAAUUUAUUCGAGUUCAUUAUGCAGAUAGCUUUGAUGAAUUUGUGUUCUCGGAUUUUAAAUAUACCAAUAGUCAUUGGUUUUUACAUACUCACAUGGUAGCAAUAUUGAAUUUGUCUACAUCUCUAAAGGAAAUUGACCACUCAGACAUUCUUUUAAAACUUGGUCAGCUUAUCACCACUUCAAUAGAAUUUUAUUUGGAAAUCAUGGUUCAACGACCUUUCUCUCUACUAGAAACAAUGACAAACGAAGAUAACCAAUCAGAUCAAAAAUCUGGUUCUACUACAUCGUCUUCCGAUAAGUUAGACGAUACUAUUCCUACAACUGUCUCACAGGAAUUGGAAAAUAUCAGACAACAAAAGCUUAAUCACAUUUCAAAAUGCGUUUCUUUUGGAGUAGAUGUUUGUAGAUCUCUCACAAACCAAAAGCAUGAGCUCUACUUGAGAAACCUUCUUUAUUCGCGAGAUGUCAAAUUGUUUAACCAUGAAAAUAGCGUAUUUAUAGAGCAAUCACAAAAAUUUCCACAAAGCUCUUGGAACGAAGACUUUAAAAAUUGUAUAUUUUCCACACCAAGAUCCAAAUCCGAACUUUUGUCUAAACUUUGCUGUAAAUCUAUCAAUAUUUUUGGACAGAGCGGAGGAUAUGUUUUAUUUAUUAAUUUAUUGAGAAAAUAUAAGGAUUUACCAAUGCGAAUAAUAGAAAAGAUUAUUGACACGAUUGCUUUUCAAACUCCUUAUUUGGUGCCAAAGUGUAGAGAGAGCAUUAUCACAGCGUUGAUAGACUCACUAUUUGUGUUUUUUGAUAUGCUGUCUGACGAGAUUUUGAAAGUAGAAGAAAGAUUUAAGGAUCUUAUUUUAAAUUUUAGAAACAAAAUUCUUUCAUGCUAUACUGACGAGAAGUGUAUUGACAUUUUUGACAGGUUGAAAUUACAGUAUUUCUACAGACUGUUGAACUGCUCCUCCGUUGAAAGAAAAAUGCUGGGAAUGAACGAAAUAAGAGUUCAUGUAGAAUCACUCAGAAAAACGGAGACAGGGUCCAAAACAAACUCACCACAAUUGAAUGGAAAUGAUCAACAACCACAUUCUAGCCCACAACCUCAACCUAUUUCGUUUAAGAAAGAGCUACACGUAAAAACCUUUCUAUCAUGGGUUAAUGAGAAGAAGUUUUUGCACUAUUUAUUUGAGACUGACGUCCACAGAGAACUGUUACGACAAGCAACUGUAAUUUUACAAUUUCUUGCUCAAUAUAAGGGCUUUACAAAAGAAGAGCUGGAUUUGAUUUGGCAAGCUUCAGUCGACAAGCACGAAGCUACUCAGAGAUUGAUAUUAUCUAUCAUAUCACUUCUUAUUCCAAGCUUGUCAUACAAUGACAUUUUACAUCUCUAUUCUAAAGUGGAACUCAUUCCUAUUGAAUCCAUCAACAAAAAAGAUCAUUUCAUUGAGUUUUUAUCGCAAUUCACAAUUUAUGCUGUGAGUUCUUCGUAUGGAAGAGGCACAAAAGACAAGAAGAAAAAUUGGUUUGCCUUAGAUAUGUUGUGGAAACUUGCGAUAGGAGGAAAUAGGAAAGCAUUUGAAUGCCUGUCAGAUGUUUUCAAACAAGAUGCAUUUGAAGCUAUUCGAAAAGACUAUCUUAAAAGCUGUAUUGAGAUGUUGAAAAACAGAAACAACUCAAGCGGAGCGGUCUCUUUAAUGAAAACUCUAUUAGCUACCUAUUCGUUACAAAAGAAAAAGAAGAAGCUAUCUACAUGGGGAAUAAUCUCUUCUAUUAACGAAAAAACGCAUUUAAUGGAUCACUUUUUUUCAAACUAUGAAAAUCAAUUUCCAACAGAUAUGGAAAACAAUGACCAGAAUGAUCAGGAGUUACGUGAUCAAUUGGAUUUUCUUGAGUUUGUGGUUAAAAACUCUCCAAUCAGGCUAUCUUUCAAACAAUGUAUCGUACUUUGGUCACAUGGUAGAAAAGAAAUUGUUGUGGGUUGGUUAACAAAGAUGAGAGAUAACUUUGUGGAGGAGUUUCAGGCCUUUGAUGACGAAACUACCAUGCUUGUAUUUGAAGAACUGAUUUGCUCGCCCAGCAAAGAUAAUGCUGUUCUUUACGCAAACAUGACUGAGAAGGAGUUGGACUGUUUUUUAAUGUUUUUUUUAUCUAUUAACGUUAUUCUUAAAAAGAUUGAUGUAGUUUAUGAGAAUCAAUCACAUGUAGAUAAUACUACCACCAUUCUUGAUCAACAAUCAUCAAAUGGAGGUAAAAAGCUGAUUUCAAAAAUUGUGGCUAAAGGCAAAGAAUUUUUGGAUCCUACCGUGCCCUAUCCUGAGAAUGAACAAGAGGUACCAAUCGUUAGAAAAUUGAAAAAGUUCGAAGUGAUUGCUGAGGAUUUACAUGGAAUUAAUCACUUAUGGAAUAUUGUACUUUCUGCCAAAGAUACCAAUGUACUGAGAAAAGCAACCGAAAGUUUAAACAAUUUCAGGACUGACUAUUCGAAAGAUUUAAAAUCAAGCACUGCAUCAUUUAUGGAAAAACAUGUCUCUACUUGCAUGGAGCUUUUACAACUGUACAGCAAACCUGACCAGAGAAACGAUUCUUAUCUUGGAAAUAUUAUCACCGUACUAUUAGAUUUCAUUGUUCUGGUGAACCAAAAAAGUGGAGGAGGAGGAAUUGGUAAAGGUCACGGUAUUAGCUUUUUGGGUUAUCCAAUUACACUGAACAUCAAUUGUUUCUCAAAUUUAAGGUUUGUGAAAAUGGUCCCAUCCAAAAUGAAAGUAGGAGCUCUACUGAACAUAAUUGCAUCAGAGCUUGGCGACGAGACUUCAUCCCAACUCUUAAGACUUGAAACCGAAAGUGGAGAUGACAUUACUCCUUUUAAAGCUAAAAGUUUGGAAGAGCUUGGAAUGGACUCCAGGGUUGAUUUAUUUGUGAAACCUUUGACAAUCAAAGAUGCUUCCAUUUCUAUCAUGAACACAACAAUGCAAAUGUUAGGAGUACCGGAACUAGGUGCUUUGCUUGUGUCUAGAAAUAGAUCGUUGCCACAAAAGAAGGUGUUACAGAAAAACUCUGAGAAUGGUUUUCCACUAACCUCUAUCAGCAAUCAUGAUACUGAUAUAGACGACGAUUAUGUCAUUUUAGAUUUAGAGGAUGGCCUUUAUCCAGCUAACGUACUUUCAAGGGAGAACAAUUUUUACUUACUAUUCUCUCUUCUUGACACAUCACACGAGGAAGUUGCCAAGAAAGCUUGGAUGUUGCUAAUGCAUUUACCAACGAAUCAGAUCAUGUCAAAGAACAUCCUAAACAUAGAAAACAGUUCAAAGGUUGAUUGGGGCUCUGUACUUCCGAUCAAUAACUCGCACAAAUUACUUUAUUCAUUACAAAUAUUGGAUACCAAGUUUCAGAAAAAGCUCACUCAAGAAUCAACCUUUUAUCAUAGCUUUAUCAAGCUUGGAGGAGUUUCGCAUUUAAUUGAUGGUCUACUUGCUUCCAAUACACAAACAGAAAACAAAAGCCCACUCCACAAGCAGUGUAUGGCCUUGCUGUUGAAGCUGUUAAACAAGUUCAUUCCAAAUUACGAGGAAAGGUUACCAAAUAUUCUUGAGUGCUUAUUGAGAGCGAUUGGAAUGAUUUUAUCGGAUGAACAUACAGAAGAAAACAAUUCUCUUCCAUCAUUGUUGUACCGCCAAACCCCUGACAUCUUUCAAUUUAAUCCUAGUUUCACAAUGACGCAAGAAUAUGCUAACUUUAUGUUGUACGACUAUAGUUUGACAUCUAUUCAAAAAAUUGUAGCAGCAAAGGGUGACCUAAUGACAAUGUUUUUGAAACAUGAAGAUUUGAGUCGUAUUACGAUGAGAAGCUUGUUGUACACAGCUGAUGCUAACAUCAGAAAGAAAUUUUUAAACACUGUUAUUGAAAUAGCCUCUCAUAACGAAGCCGCAUGCAAGUAUUUUAUUGACAUACUUUAUCGAAUGUUGAAAGAAGAAAACAUUGAAAAGUAUCAAGACCGAUGCGAGCAAUACUUCUCACUACUUGAAAACUUAAUUGGUAGUAGACCCAAUAAUUUUACAGAGAUCAAAGAAGAUGACAUUCAUGUGCUCAUUGAAAAAAUAAUUAACAGAAAUGUCGUCGAGGAAUCGCACUCAUCUCAACCAGAUUACAUCUUAAUUGGUCUCUUCAACAUUACAAGAGCUCUUUUAAAGAUUUAUCCCUACGUAAAACAAACAUUGGAAGAAACAGGAAAGAGAAUAUUUUAUUCUUGCUUAUUCGAGGUACCAAAAUCACGUACAAGUCUACAGAUUCCAAAAUGUAAGACCAGAGAAAGUAGAGAUGCUGCUUUCCAGUUUUUGUCCGAGUUAGCUGACAAUUCUCCAACAAUUUUUUCAGAGCUUCUUUCUCUCCUGGAAAAGUACAUGCACGAAUGUGAACAACCUACAUUCUGGAACAUUGUACCAAGACAUUUGGAAAGAAAAAAACCAUUUGUUGGGCUUAAAAACCAAGGUGCUACAUGCUACAUGAAUUCAUUGAUACAACAAUUCUUUAUGACCAUUCCUUUCAGAAAAGAAUUGCUUCGAGUGAAUACCGACACUACAUCCGCAGUGGAAGAAAAGAUGCAAGACAAUGUCAAUCUUCUCAAAGAGCUCCAAAGUAUCUUUGCAUUUCUUCAAGAAAGCUCAAAAAAGUUUUAUGAUACAAGACCAUUUUGUUCGCUUUACAAAGUAGACGGAAGACCAGUCGAUUGUUCAACUCAACAUGAUGCUAAUGAAUUUUUUAAUCUUUUUACUGACAGAAUUGAAGAAGCACUGAAGUUUUAUGGUAAAGGACACUUGCUGAAAGACGUCUUUGGAGGUACUCUCCUUCAUCAAAUUAUUUAUGAUGACAAUGUAUCUGAGAGGCCUGAGAAUUUCAACAUUAUCAGUUUAGAGGUUAAAAAUAAGCGAAACAUCAUGGAAUCACUUGAUUUAUAUGUACAAGGUGAAAUGUUAGAAGGCAACAAUCAAUACUACAGUGACAAGCUAGAAAAGCAUGUUGAUGCAUUGAAAAGAACUUUGAUCAAGGAUCUUCCCAACGUUCUAAUUCUUCAUUUAAAGAGAUUUGAUUUCGAUUUUAGUUUAAUGGUCAACAGAAAAAUCAAUGAUCGUGUAGAAUUUCCUCAUACCUUGAAUAUGGAGCCCUAUACUGUCGAAGGAAUGGAAAGAAAAGAGCAAAGAGGUAUAUAUGACAUUCCUCCAGCUCAUAGACAAGAUGAUUACUAUCAAUACAAGCUCGUAGGAGUGUUAGUGCAUUCAGGAAGCGCAGAUUCUGGUCACUACUAUUCAUUUAUCAUGAAUCGAGGAUCCACAAAUGAAGAAGAAACCUGGUACGAGUUUAAUGAUGAAGAAAUUAAUUUAUUUGAUACAGACAAUUUGGACAGCGAAUGUUUUGGAGGGAUUGUGGAAAACAAUAUUAAUGGAAGAAAGACUUCCAUGUUCAGAUGCAACAAUGCAUACAUGCUCUUUUAUCAACGUGUGCAUUUACUUCAUGCAGAUACUUUUAGUAGCAACUCUGAAACUUGUAACCAGCAACAUGAUACCAUUUUGGACAUACCAGCUUCAAUCAAAGAGAAAGUGUGGAAGGAAAAUGAAAGAUUUUACCACUACAAAAAUAUUUUCGAUGACUCAUUUGAUACCUUUUUAUUCAGUUCUAUCAGUACUUUACAAACAAAUGAGCAUGAACUAUUGACAAAGAACAUUUCAUUGACACUGACAUAUAUAUUAGAGUUUUACAUUCACUCCUCUAAUCCUAAAAUAAUGAAGUGGAUCAUGUACUUGAAGGAUAUAUUUGAAAAGAACCCAACCCUUUGUAAGACAUUUUUGAAAAGCUUAUCAUCCAACAAACAGAAUUGGCUAAUUCCAACAAUAGUGACAUGUCCUUCACAAGAAAUCAAAGAUUUAAUAAUUGACUUAUUCAUCAGCUGCAUCAAGUCAUUAUAUCCUCACGAAAAUCUGAUUGAAUACUUGGAUAACACAAACCAAAUGGAUGUCUCAAUUGACAAUCAAUGCUGUAUUGGUAUAUUUAUUGACACCAUGAUCGGUAUGAUGGGCAUGUACACCACUUGGCGGUCUGCCACUCAUUAUUUCCGGUUUCUCUAUGAACUUGCAUCAUUUGCACCUUACAAUAUGAGAUUGUUUUUAAUCAAGAGGCAAUUGAUUUCCAAAAUGAUACUCUACAUGAUGGGAUUGAAUCCAGAAGGUCAAUACGAUCAAGUUUCAUUUUCUUCUCUGAAACAACCCCUAAUUACCAUGUCAAGUCAACUCUCACUCUCUUACAUGAUCGUAGCUAUAGCAUUCCUUGUGAAAACUUGUGACGAUGCAAAAAUUGCAAACAAACCAACGAGUUUGAACUAUGAUUUAUCAACACCUAUCUCUGAGACAACUGAAAGACAUGUCUUCUCAUUACCAAAAGCAGAUUUUGACAAGCUAUUCAACAAAGCUUUUUUGACAUCAUUAAUGUCUCUCAAUCUUCGAUUAGAUGACAUUGCUGGUAUUUUUGCUCAUUAUUGUUGGGAAGACGCAGAUUUUACUAAAUCACUAGUCAACCAUUUACUGCAAUGCACUUUCCAAAACGCUGUCAACGAAGCCUCUGAUCCUUUUAUUGUCAUUCUAGAAACCAUGUUAUUGAUCAACGAUUCGUUGCAAGCUCAACGAGUUAAAUUAAUUUUGGAUGCGUAUUUCACAAAAGUGGAACAAAUCACAGACGCACGAGUUUUAUUGUAUUGUUUAAAGCAUUUAACACGAACAGAUAGAAAGAACGAUUAUUGCACAGAGUGGUGGGAUAAUCAUAUGGACGCAAUACUCAAAAUUACAUCGAAACAUGGUUGGACUUUGAAUAGAAAACGAUAA